AUGUCAGGUUUCAAACAACUAGGAUUACCCAACUGGCUAGUAGACUCGCUGCAAGCCAUGAAGAUCUUCACGCCAACAGAGAUCCAAAAAAACUGUAUACCUCCAAUCCUAUUGAAAGGAAUGAACUGCAUUGGUGGUGCAAGGACCGGUUCUGGUAAGACUAUUGCCUUUGCUGCACCAAUGUUGGCUCAAUGGUCUAAGGACCCCAUUGGUCUCUAUGGAAUGGUCUUGACUCCCACAAGAGAACUGGCACAACAAAUCGCAGAACAGUUCAAUGCGUUGGGUGCAAACAUGAACAUCAGAGUAUCCCUGAUUGUCGGUGGGGAAGACUACAUCAAACAAACCAUUGAACUCUCCUCCAUGCCACACUUCAUUAUUGCUACCCCAGGUAGACUGGCACACCAUCUAAUGAAUGAUAACAAUAACAACAACAACGGUAGCAGUAGUAAUAGUAAUAGUAGUAGUAGUAAUAAUAAUAAUAAUAAUAAUAGUAGUAGUAGUAGUAGCACAGAUAAUCAAAGUAAUAAACUUGCGCAAUCUCUGAAAAGAUUGAAGUUUUUGGUCCUAGACGAAGCCGAUUUCUUACUUACUGAAACCUUUGCUGACGACCUGAAAACAAUCAUCUCGAAUUUGCCACAGAAGGAAAAUAGACAAACUUUACUUUUCACCGCUACCAUAACAGAUCAAGUUAAGUCUUUGAUUGGAAACAACAAUGAUCAAAAAAAUAAUUUCUUCCUCUACGAAAUGGAGAAUAGCGACUCGUCCUCGGUUUCCAGUGACUUGGUGGAUCAAAAUAAUACAAUCAAAGUUAUACCCUCCACCCUAUCAUUAUACUAUGUGAUGAUCCCAGAACAUGUUAAAGAAGCAUACCUUUACCAUAUAAUAACAUCUCCAAGAUACAAGGAAUCCACAACUAUAAUAUUUUCAAAUAGAACCCACGUGGUAGAGCUUUUAAGACGGAUCCUAUACAAACUGGAUGUCCGUGUCACCUCUUUACAUUCUCAGAUGCCACAACAGGAAAGAACCAACUCUUUGCAUAGGUUCCGUGCCAAUGUGGCCAGAGUGCUUGUGGCUACUGACGUGGCUUCAAGAGGUCUUGAUAUCCCUCAGGUGGAAUUGGUCAUCAAUUAUGAUAUCCCCAUGGACCCUGACGUUUUUAUUCAUAGAUCCGGUAGAACUGCACGUGCCGGGAAACAUGGUGAUGCAUUGUCGUUCAUAACACCAAAGGACGUUAACAGAAUUUUGGCUAUCGAAAACAGAAUUAAUGAAAAGAUGAAGGAAUAUGACGAAGUAUUUGAUACGGCAGUGAUCAAGAAAUCGUUGAAUAAAGUCACAAGAGCUAAAAGAGAAUCACUGAUGUUAAUGGAAAAGGAAGGUUUUGGUGAAAGAAGAUCAAAACAAAGAGAAAGAGCUAAAAGAAGACGUUGA